UGUGCUGCUGCUGCGUGUUGGAGCCAUAUGAAGCUCCUAUUGCCGCGACAAGAAUCCACCCCCAUCGAGAACAAAGUGUUUGAUUUCCAGAUAGAGCAGCAGUUACCGAACUGCGGAAGGAGAGAACAGAAGAACACUGGCUACUAUCAACGGACAUUGGGACUCGCCGCAACCUUGCGCUUUUUUUGGGUGUACUGCCCCUCUUGAGCAAUGGCAUCUCCAGAUCGAUCAAAGGGAGCGUGUGAGGAUGGGGUCGCCUUUUUUAUUACCAUGUAUUAUCAGUAGAUUAGAUGUAUCAUACAGUGAUACUAGAGUAUUCCAUAGCUUCAGAUGUGAGUGCAUGGAGACACAUAGGCAGACAAGGUUGGGAAUGUGAAAGAAGCAGCGCUCUCCGUGUAUACGCGUGAUACUACAGAUUGCACAGAAAAAAAAGCACAAUAUUUCCCAUGCAUGUUUUUUGUUAGUAGACUUCGUAACACAUGGAUCAAAUAUUGAUUAAUCAUCAGCUGCUAAUGAACACACCAUAAAUUAGCAGUGUUCUUGAACAAAGCUGAUGCAUCUUAAAGGAGACGCGCGUGCUUUGACAACAUCACCACCUCAAAUGGAUGGAGUUAUCGUCUGAUCCUGGCCACAGAAAUCGCCCAACUUCAAGCGCCACGUAGGUUGAGGCUCUGAGCAAUGGAAUCUCUAUUCGGUGGUGAGCUGAGGCUACUGGGAGGUGGCGAGGGCUUGAAGGAGGACAGCUGUGGUGACGUGGGCUGGUCCUCCUCAACCGUCCCUGAUGAUAUGUACUCCGUCUCCCACUUCGCCCUCAUCACCGCCUACCAGGACAUCAAGACACGGCUCGCGGGCCUGGAGAGAGAGAACAGUGGCAUCAAGAGGAAGCUCAAGAUCUACGAGAUCAAGUUCCCUAUGAUCAGUGAGUUUGGGGAGGACAGGAACUCCUACUGCAGCUUUGAGUCCAAGGAGACAACUCUACUGCAGUCAGAGAACGGCAACCUGCAGCAGAAAGUCAGCACCCUCACCCACGAGCUCCAGAAGAGGAAAGAGCUCCAGGAGCAGCUGGAGGAUGUGAUCCAGGCCUAUGAGAAGAUCCACAUGGAGAAGAACAACCUCCAGAGAGACCUGGACAAAAUGACCAGUCUAGUGGAGAAGCACGCGGAGCAUAUCGUGGAUCUGGAGUCUGCUCUGAGACAGAGAGACAACUCUCUACAGAAGCUCAACACCCAGCUACACAGCAAGGACAUCCAAUACCUGCAGCUACAUAGCCCAGACAAUCACAUGCUGGACUGUCCUGCGCUGACCCUGCAGAGCUCUCGUAGUCUAGACACUUUGUCAGACCUGAAGCUGCAGCGUCUGGAGGUGGAGCUAGAGAGGGCGCGGCAUGAGGCUGAGCGGGCGUGUCAGAGGGAAGAGGAAGUGAAGGCCGAGUGUGAGAGACUGCAGGAGGAGCUGAGACAGAUCCAGAACAACCACAUAGGGAGGGAAAUGACUUCGCCGUGUGAGCAGUGUGAUGUGGAGUGGAUAAAGAAGGUGGGAGAUGAGCAGGUGAAUUUGGCGUUAGCCUACACAGAGCUAACUGAGGAGUUGGGACGUCUCCAAGCACUGAGCUCCAAACAAAAAGAGAUCUUGAGGAUGGUCUCUCAGGAGCAGCAUAGCCCGGUCCAACGCCACUCCCACCCCCCUUCUCCCAUCCCUCACCAACGCCACUCCCCCGUGCCCCAGCGACACUCCCCCAUCCCCCAACGCCACUCCCCCAUCCCUCCUCAGCACCACUCCCCCAUUGCCCAGUGCCGCUCCCCGGUGCUCCAGCCGCAGCAUCUCUCCCCGGACAUGCACCGCCGCUCUCCCCUGCUGGACGUCACCGAUGGGCCUGCCUCCUACUCCUGCCGGCCAGCCAGCCACCACCUGAGGGCCAGCUUCCAGGGCCGACGGAGCUACUCCGAGGUGGCCGACCCCUCGGCCUACCAGCGGACACCGCGCUUCAGCCUGGACCCCGUGUCCACACUGCCCAAGCCCCGGCCCUACAGGGACUCCGGCUACUCAAAGCAGCAUCAGCAGCAUGAGCAUGGAGGCUCCCAGCAUGGAGGGUCACCCCACAGAGGAGGCCAGCUCCGAGCUUCCCAGUCUGGGCUAGAGAGGGCAGGGAGUGAGGUGGGCCUCCACGAAAGUUCCUGCCACUCUCGAGAGCUGCCCUUCCCCCUGUCCGAGGUCUCUCCCAGGUCUCACCUGCACUUUGAGCCCCUGCCACCCCCCACGCCCGCCCCCCAGCUUCCGCAGUCCUCUGAAGACGAGGAAGAGUGGAUCUGUCCGCACCCCAUCAGCCCCCCACGGACGCUGGGCGUGCCCAACAAUGUGUCAGCUCAUGGGGUCAUGAAGGGGCCAGCGUCCUGCUCGGCUUUCCCCAUCCCAUCCAGACCCAACACUCUGACCUGCCACCCACCAGGCUACCUGCACACAGAGCACGCCCAGUCCUGGCCCUCCAUCAAUCUGUGGAUGGAGACAGAAGAGAGUGACAUGAGAAGCUGCCCUCUGUGCCAGCUGAUCUUUCCCAUGGGUUACCCUGACGACGCCCUCAUCAAGCACAUCGACUCGCACCUGGAGAACAGCAAGAUCUGAUCGCCACGGCAACACUGCACCCUCUUUUUAGUUGCAACAAUUCUUGACUUACAUUGUGGAGUAUUUUAGGUUUGGUUUUGUUUUAUAGCUGGGUGCCUUUUGUUUGACAAGCCAAGAGGGCUUAUUGUGUGUUUAGUAGUCCAUGUAUGGGAAAAGGUUUAGGGAAUGACAAGGAUGGUUACGAGGUUCAUGACAGACAAUGUCCUGAGGGUUCCAGGCCACUUGCAGUCCAUUUGUUUUUAUAUCUUACACCUUACCACUACUACUUUCUGUAAAGUGGCCUGCUUUAGUUUGACUCUCUACCCAUGUACAGUAUAAGGCUUGUGAAAUACAGACCAACUACAAUUCAUUCCUGGAAUUAUCUGGGGGGCCAGAUGGAUAAAUCCAGUUUGUUUGUUCUUCAGGGCUUGACAAUGUGCGGUCAGAGUUAUGAAGAGAGGAUGGCAGUGUUGUGACUGUGACUGAUUGUAUGUAGGGAAGAAUUUGUCCUGCAGGGUGGGGCAUGUAGUUGCUAUGACAACCUUGCUGUGGUGAAACGCAUAGGCAGAUUAUCUGUAUUAUCUUGCGGCCUGAUCAGAAAUCCAUAUAAAUCUGAGCACAUUAAGUUAACCUACACUAUAUAAGCCUAUAAUCCCCCCUAUAUUAUUUAUUUAACCCCCUAGAGUUGAUGUCUGCGCCCCACGGACAUUUAAUUGGCAUAAUACAAAAAUCCCCAUGUAAUAAUCUAUCAAUUUUAGCUAGAGAUCUGUUUUUGCAUAGGAUGUGUCUCAACGGCAUCAGCCAAUGCCACACGUUUGCAUCUGAGGUGAAAGGUGACAGAGCUCGAGCACUGGUCUUCUCACAAAAUUGUCUGUAGCAUCUGAACUAUUUUGCUCUACGACCCCCACAAGCGUCUUGGGCCUCGUCUGAAGUCGGUACAGCCGAUCUGCCGACUUCUGUCUGUAGCGUCCGAACAGUUUGGGAUACACGCUAAUAUGACCCCUCUGUGGAAAGGUGAGACUCUCACGAACAUGUCGGUUGAAGUUCUCCCUGUACCAGUUGAAAAAAAAUAAAGGGUUAAAUACAUGGUUAAAAAAAUAAAAAUAAAUGUUUCCUGAUCUUUCUUAUAUCUUUCAGAUAUAGGACAGACACUUUAGAACAAACUUCCUUUAUCUGUUGUUCCAUGUAGUGAAUAUGUUAUUCAAUGCUUUUGGUAUGGGCGAAUAGCAGUUAGGCCAAACAUUUUUUAGCACAAAAUUAUUUUGUAAUAUUUUUGGGGAUACAUCAAGGGGUUUGAAAGUUCAAAAUCAAAUAGCAAAAAAAUAUCCUUGGUAUGACCUUCUUAAAACAAUUACAUAUAGCUUAGUAGAACCCCACCCCGCCCCACCGGCUUAGACAGGGCUUAGACUGUAAUGGGUUAAAGGGCAAUUUCCACCACUUUUUAACCUAAUUGUCAUUAUCUCCAGCACAAUACCAGUGUCGACAUAUGUGAAAAUGGUGCAUUUCUAUGCCUUGUAGAAAUAAAUAUAAACGUUUAAAAGUUCUCCCAGAUGACAUCAUCAAAAGUUCCAACUAUGAGAUACACAGUGAAAUGAGGAGCAAGAAAAUGCCCUCUGGCUAAUCAAUGUUUUUUGUUUUUUUAUGCUACCCUGUGAUGUCACAGAGAAGCAUUUUUUGGACCUUUGCUCUUGUCUUCUUAACCACAUUUCAUAGAAACGCGCUGUUUUCACAUAUGCAGACACUGGUUUGGUGCUGGAGAUAAUGAAUAUGUAUCAUUUGAUAUAUAAUGUAUCAUUUGAUAUAUCUGUAAGUAAUGAGGCAAAAAAAAUCUGUAAAAAAAAUCUUUGUGCUGAACAUGUCUUAUGUUGGUGAAAUUUCCCCCUCCUAAGCUUGCACAAUACUGUAUAUAGCUAGUGGGACAGGAGUUUGUAUAUGGAAGAGGGAAUGGAAUAUAUUUGUAUAUGAUAACAAUGAUUCAACUGGGAGUCUCUUUAGUCUUCCUGAAGAUCCGACCUGCAAACACAUCGGAUAAAGUAGUUAUAAGAUUUCUCAAUCUUACAGUCUGAAGCUGGCACACUUUGCAUUUUAUAUCUAAUAUAUAUAUACAUGUCAAAUAUAUCCCCCAAAAAUCAGAGUGAGUGUUGUAUGGAAUAACACACAUGGAAUCAUGUAGUAUCCAAAAAAAAAAAGUGUUAAACAAAUCAAAAUAUAUUUUAGAUUUUAGAUUCUUCAAAGUAGCCACCCUUUGACUAGAUGACAGCUUUGCACAGUCUUGGCAUGGCUACUUUGAAGAAUCUCAAAUAUAAAAUAUAUUUUGAUUGGUAUAACACUUUUUUGGUUACAACAUGAUUCCAUAUGUGUUAUUUCAUAGUUGUGAUGUCUUCACUAUUAUUCUACAAUGUAGAAAAUAGUAAAAAUAAAGAAAAACUCUUGAAUGAGUAGGUGUGUCCAAACAUUUGACUGGUUCUGUAUGUAUGUGUAUGGCUCUGGUUACUAUAUGUCCUAAAACCUAGUAUAAAGGGGUGGGAAAAUUAAAUUCCAAUCAAAUCAGCUCUGAAAAAGAUCUGAUGUUAAAAGAUCUGAUGUUAUUGGUCAAAAGACCAAUUAGUGGACAAAAUAUCAGAAUUGGGCUGCCUGUGUAAACUCAGCCUUUGAGAAUUUACUGAUGUAUAUUCCUAUGAUUCUAUGUAAAAACAAAAUAACGACGCAUUUUUAAAUCUCAAAAUUAUUUCACUUUGGGAACUCCGUUCCCACACAUUCCCGCCCACUUCCACACCUGGUAAUACAGUACAUCUAUAUUCUAAUUUGUAACUAACAACGAUAUCACAAUAUGUGAUUGGGCAGUUAGAUUAAUAGUAUUAAUUACUUCCAUGCCCACACAGACAACAUUGGCUAUCAUUGACUGUGUACAGAAUUCCGUGUUAGAUUGUAUACCUUUUGAUUACUUUGACUGAAGAAACAGUCACUACUCUUUUAUAACCGAUACAGUGCCUUCAGAACCCUGAUUUAUUCCACAUUUUGAUGUGCUACAGCCUGAAUUCAAAAUGUAUUUUGAAAAUAUAUGACGAAGUGAAAACAUGUUUUUAGAAAUGUUUACAAUUGUAUUUAUUUAUUUUUUACCUUUAUUUAACCAGGCAAGUCAGUUAAGAACAUAUUCUUAUUUUCAAUGACGGCCUGGGAACAGUGGAUUAACUGCCUGUUCAGGGGCAGAACGACAGAUUGUGUACCUUGUCAGCUCGGGGGGUUUGAACUCGCAACCUUCCGGUUACUAGUCCAACGCUCUAACCACUAGACUACGCUGCCGCCCCAAAAAUGAAAAUGAAGAACAGAAAUAUCUCAUUUACAAGUAUUCACACCCUUUUGUUAAGACACUCCAAAUUGAGCUCAGCUGCAUCCAAUUUCCAAUCGUCGCUACAACUUGAUUGGAGUCCACCUGUGGCCAAUUCAUUGUUUUGGACAUGAUUUAGAAUGAAACACAACUAUGUAUAUAAGGUCCGACAGUUGACAGUGCAGGUCCAUUUUUUUGUUGCUAGGGAUGGCUCGAGUUUGAAGUGGAGCGAGUACAGGGCUUAGCAUGACUGAAGGCUAAAAAUAGAUUUUGGCUUGGAAAAGUUGAAUAUUUUCACAAGGAGUCAGGUAAUUAGUUAAGGGAGGAAGAUUGCAGGGAAAGAGAGAGGAGGUUGAAAGACUGAGGGAGGCAGAGGAUAGGUUUGAAUCUGUUGAAGCUAGCAAUAACAAGGGAGAGGGUAUGUCGAGAAAGAUUGGUGUCAAGAUCAAAUGGAGUGAGCCGGACGUCAGUUCGAGUUCUGGAGGUGUAAUGGACGGGGUAGACGGUGUUGUGUGGAGCUCGGAGCCUGAGCUUUGCAUUGAUGGACAUGGUUAUGGCAAAGAUACGUUUGGUCCAGUGCGAGUGAGAUUUUUGAAGAGGGUGGAACCAGGGCUUUUUUGUUGAUCAACUUGAGGAAAGACCUGUAUCUUACUUUGCGCUUAGGUAGUGUUGGGCAGUGUUGAAGGGAGUGAUUCCUGGGGUAGCGUUAAGUAUGGAGCUGGAGCAAUUUAUGUCGAAGAUUCCUGGUGUUUGUGACGCUCGCCGUUUUGUGUGACGCAGAUCAGGAAGGACCUUGGGAGUUGACAUGGGAUGGCAGGUGACCAAUAACCAAAUGACCUCUGACAGAACUACAGAGUUACUUGGCUGAGAUGGGAGAACCUGCCAGAAGGAACAGUCUCUACAGCACUUUACCAAUCUGGGCUAUAUGGGAGAGUGGACAGACUGAAGCCACUCCUGAGAAAAAGGCACAUGACCGCACGCUUGGAGUUUGCAAAAAAAGGCACAUGAAAGACUCCGAGAGCAUAAGGCAAAAGAUUCUGUGGUCUGGUGAGACAGAAAUGUAACUAUUUGGCGUGAAUGCAUGAAGCUCAUCACCCGUCUAACACCAUCCCUACCAUGAAGCAUGGUGGUGGCAGCAUCAUGCCAUUGAGAUACUUUUCAGUGACAGAGACUGGUAAGGAUAGAGGAGAAUACAGGCAAAUCCCUGAUGAGCAUCUGCUUCAGAGUUCUAACAACCUUAGACUUGGGGCGAAGAUUUAUGUUCCAAUAGGACAAUGACCCCAAGCAUAAUACAGCCAAAGCAACGCUGUAAUGGCUUCAGGACAAGAAUGUUCGUCCUUCAGUGGCCCCAGCCAAAGCCCAGUCUUGAAUUCCAUUGAACAUCUGUGGAAAGACUUCGCCACCGCUCCCCAUCUAACUUAACAGAACUUGAGAAAAUCUGCAAGGAAGAAUGGGAGAAAAUCCCCAAAUCCAGAUGUGUAAAGCUGACACAGACACACCCAAGAAGACUCAAAGCUGUAAUCACCGCCAAAGGUGUUUCUACAAAGUAUUGACUCAGGGGUGUGAAUACUUGUGUAAAUUAGAUUUCUGUAUUUCAUUCUUAAUACAUUUGAGAGAAGAAAUUGUGUACAUGUUUUCACUUUGUCAUUGCGGGGUAUUGUGUGUAGAUGGGUGAGAGAGAGAAAAUAUUGAAUCCGUUUUGAAUUCAGGCUGCAACACAACAAAAUGAGUGAAUACUUUCUGAAGGCUCUGUACAGUAUGUCUACAGCAUACACAUGCUUAUCUCUCUUGAUGAUGACUUAAGUACCAACUAAUCAUGUCAAGCUCACAGAUAUGAAUAGAGAGAUGACACAUACAGUAGACAUGAAUAGACAGAUUAUACUGUUCUAACGAACACAUUCAUGACCAAAAUAUGUUGACCAGCAGCUGUAGUACAUAGCAAACAUGCCUAUCAGCUCACAAUGUUAAGCAGUGAAAAGUAUAUACAGUAUGUUGUCAUCUCAAUGGCCACAUAUACACAGACACUUCGUUGGAAUAGGAGUCCGACACUCAAGCCACUAUUCACAAAGAGUUAACUCGGGAGAUACAGUAUGUAAAGAUUUCCUCUUUCGCUUUUCUUUUUCCUCAAAUCCUCCAUCAAGAAUCAAAUCAGAUCGAGCACUGGCGUUGACAGUCUAAAAACACUCUUCAAACCCUCAGCCUGUGAUUUCUAGCUUUGAGACUGAUCUGAUGAUAACAGAAAACCCUCGUCUGGAAAGACUCCGGGGACAAAGCUUUGUGAAUAUGGCUCCCCUUUGGGGCCUCUCUGUGGCUCUGGGGACCACAUGACGACUGACUGAUAAGAACUCAUCAGAUCUGUCUAACAAGCUAAAGGGCCGCCAACGAGGAAGAAUAAUCAUUAUUUUGUGAGUACAACUGCUGUCUUUCAACAACUUUCAACAAUGUGUGAAAAAGUAUAAGAACAAAAGAUGCAUAAGUAUGUAAAUAUUCUGAUAAAUAAACUGUAACUUGCACUGAAAUUACUCUUGGAAUUGGUUGGUUUCACAGCAGCCUGGUAAAGCUUAGCAAUGACUGGCCUGGAUAACUGUUUAUCUCUGAAUAUUCACCACAGUGGAGAUAAAAUAUUAGAGAUACAGAAUAAAUAUGUAGAGAUACACAGUGAAUGCUAUUUAGUAGUCAAGAUAGCAUUUAUUGUGCAUUCAAAAAAUUAGAUCUCCACUGUGAUGAAUAUUCAGAGAUUAACAGUUACAGGCCAGUCAGUGCUAAGCUUUACCAGGCUGCUGUAGUGUCUAUUUCCCAUAUUUCUAUCUAUCCCUCCCAGAGCCACUCCAAACUGCAGAGCGGAAUCUGAGCACAAGAGGGAAGCAGACAGUCGGAAUCACAUUGGGAAUUACAAUCCACUCUCUUUACUGUCUAUUUCGUAAGCUACAGAUAGGCAUGAACCCAAUUGCGCUCUCUCUCUCGCAUGCACACACUUGUUUUUCUAUCCUCCCUAAACCCUAACCCCUUAACCUAAUUAUAACCCUAAUUGGACCCUAAACCUAACCCCUAAGCUUAAAAUAGCCUUUGUCCUCGUGGCGAUGUGGGAAAUGUCCCCACUAGGGAGAAUUUUCCUUGUUUUACUAUCCUUGUGGAGAUUUUGGUGGGAUUUUAGAUCCCCAACGAGGAUAGAAGAACAAGAUCACAUGCACACACACAAGGUGUGGUGAAUUGUGUGGGCUGUAUUGCACUGUGCAUGCAGCUGUCACGAGCAGUGGGUCAUCAGCAGCUGUAAUCAGACACAUUAAUUCGAGCCCAGUGCUGACUACAUACUGUGAGAGAGAGAGCUGAGCUGACUGUGAAGACAUGUUAUUCACCCCACCCAAAACAUACUGUUCGAGGAGAGCUCUGCUGUUGUAUCCCACUAAACAAUUCAGAUGAUUCCUCUAUGGUUAUAGUAAGGUUGUGUGAUAACUAGUAUGCAUUGAUAGUGCAAUGCAUUUAUAGUGGGUUUAGGGACCAGUGUCUUUUUCUAUGCUAAUUUGCCUGCCAAUUUACAACUCUUAAUCUGAUGUGAUUGUUUGUUCUUGGUGAAUCUACGCAAAAAGCUUUGCUGGACCACAUAGGCCUACACUCCACCACAGCAUAUACCACUUUAUAUACAGACACCAAAAAUAUCUCAGCUCUUUUUUUAUGACUACCCAACAUCUGUAGAGCAGCUCUCAAAUGAUCUCGACUAACCUGCACCCACGCACAUUGACUCGGUACCAGUACCCCCUGUGUAUAACCGUUAUUGUUAUGUACAUUCCUUGUGUUACUUUUUGAUUGAUUUUCUUUACUUUAGUUUAUUUAGUCAAUAUUUUAUCAACGGUAUUUCUUGAACUGCGUUGUUGGUUAAGGGCUUGUAAAGUAAGCAUUUCCCGGUAAGGUCAACAACUGUUGUAUUCGGCACAUGUGAUCAAUAACAUUUAUUUGUAUUUUAUUUUGAUUUGAAUUGACUACCUAACCUUUCGAGCAGUGAAUUUCAAGUACAGAUUCAACCACAAAGACCAGGGAGGUUUUCUAAUGCCUCGCAAAGACGGGCACCUAUUGGUAGAUGGUAUAGAAAUAUAGAAAAAAGCAGACAGUGAAUAUCCCUUUGAGCAUUAAUUACACUUUGGAUGGUGUAUCAAUAUACCCAGUCAAUACAAAGAUACAGGCGUCCUUCCUAACUCAGUUACCGAAGAGGAAGGAAACCACUCAGGGAUUUCAACAUGAGGUCAAUGGUGACUUUAAAACAGUUACAGAGUUGAAUGGCAGUGAUAGGAGAACCUGAGGAUGGAACAACAUUAUAGUUUCUCCGCAAUACUAUCCUAAAUGACAGAGUGAAAAGAAGGAAGCCUGUACAGAAUAAAAAUGUUCCAAAACAUGCAUCCUGUUUACAACAAGGCACUAAAAUAAAAAUGUAAAAAAUGUGGCAAAGAAAUAAAGUUUAUGUCCUGAAUACAAAGUGUUAUGUUUGGGGCAAAUCCAACUGAACACAUCACUGAGUACCACUCUUUAAUAUUUGAAAGUUUGAUAGUGGCUGCAUAAUGUUAUAUGUAUGCUUGUCAUUGGCAAGGACAAGGGAGUUUUUUAGGGUAAAAAGAAACUAGAACUAAGCACAGGCAAAAUCUGGUUCAGUCUGCUAUCCAACAGACACUGGGAGACAAAUUCACCUUUCAGCAGGACGACAACCUAAAACACAAGGUCAAUUAUAUACUGGA